CUGCAAACAACAAAAACAUUUCAAACUAGAAAGAUAUUAAACACUAGCUUGAAGUGACAAUGCCUGAGAUUGAGGGUUCUCCUGGAACCUCCAUGCAUGGAGUCACCGGUCGGGAACCGGUAUUAGCCUUCUCUGUGGCCUCUCCAAUGGUGCACACUGAUCGCACUGCGAAAUUCGACCUACCAGUCGAUUCGGAACACAAAGCAACAAAGUUCAAACUCUUCUCAUUUGCAAACCCUCACAUGAGAACAUUCCACCUCUCAUGGAUAUCUUUCUUCACCACUUUCAUCUCCACCUUUGCCGCGGCUCCGCUAGUCCCCAUCAUCCGCGACAACCUCGAUCUUAUGAAAGCCGACAUAGGGAACGCAGGUGUGGCAUCUGUUUCCGGUAGCAUUUUCUCCAGGCUGGCCAUGGGGGCGGUCUGCGACUUGUUGGGACCUCGCUACGGCUGCGCCUUCCUCAUCAUGUUGUCCGCACCCACCGUGUUUUGCAUGUCCUUUGUUAGCGACGCUAGCGGCUACAUAGCGGUCCGGUUCAUGAUCGGGUUCUCCUUGGCUACGUUUGUGUCGUGCCAGUACUGGAUGAGUACCAUGUUUAACAGCAAGAUCAUCGGGCUGGUGAACGGGACAGCCGCGGGUUGGGGGAACAUGGGGGGUGGUGCAACACAGCUCCUUAUGCCAGUGUUGUUUGAGAUCAUCAAGAUGGCUGGUGCUACCCCGUUCACGGCGUGGAGGAUCGCAUUUUUCAUACCGGGAUGGUUUAAUGUAAUUAUGGGCAUAUUGGUGUUGACUCUUGGACAAGAUUUGCCUGAUGGUAACCUUGGUGCCCUACAGAAGAAGGGGGAUGUUGCCAAAGAUAAAUUCGGCAAGGUUUUGUGGUAUGCUGUGACAAACUAUCGGACAUGGAUCUUUGUUCUUCUCUAUGGUUACUCAAUGGGUGUCGAGCUAACAAUUGAUAACGUCAUCGCUGAAUAUUUCUAUGAUAGAUUUGACCUAAAACUUCAUCUUGCCGGAAUCAUUGCGGCUUGCUUCGGAAUGGCAAAUCUUCUAGCUCGUCCCUUCGGUGGUUUCACAUCGGAUUACAUGGCGAAACGAUUUGGAAUGCGAGGUCGACUCUGGAACCUAUGGCUCCUUCAAACAGCUGGUGGUCUUUGCUGCCUCUGCCUUGGCUUAGUGAGCUCGUUGCCAUUAGCCAUCACCUUUAUGAUGCUCUUCUCCAUUGGAGCACAGGCUGCUUGCGGAGCCACAUUCGGCAUCAUUCCCUUCAUUUCUCGGAGAUCACUUGGUAUCAUAUCAGGAAUGACCGGGGCUGGUGGGAACUUCGGGUCAGGGCUGACCCAAUUGAUAUUCUUUGCAAAUGCAUCUUUCUCAACAGAAAAAGGUUUGACUUACAUGGGUAUCAUGAUCAUGUUGGUUACAAUUCCAGUGAGUUUUGUUCACUUCCCACAAUGGGGGAGCAUGUUCUUUCCUCCUAGUCAAGACAUUGUCAAAGGUAGUGAAGAGCAUUACUAUGUUUCCGAAUGGACCGAGGAGGAAAAGCAGAAAGGGAUGCAUCAAGCAAGUCUCAAGUUCGCGGAGAACAGUCGCUCAGAGCGUGGAGGGAAGGUGGCGUCCGCUCCAACGCCACCAGAGAACACACCCAACCAUGUUUGAUUUCCCAACAAUUUUCAGAUGUUCUUCAGUUGAAGAUUGCGUGGUUAAUUAAUUGAAUAGUAACUACAUAAGGAAAAGAAAGAGGCUAUCAAGAAUGUAACUUUAGUUUCGUAUUUUCCACAAACAAACAUGCUUUUGAUCUAGCAAUAUGGUGCCCUAACACCCAAGCGGUGUUGGUUGUAAGACUUGUAACAAAACAAACUUGUAUUAAUAAAAAAUGCUUGUCUGUGAGUAUUUGAUCAGAAAAACUUUAAUGUC